GAACAGAUGCAUUUCAGUUCUUGGCUUGAGCGUUCCCAAGAUGCCGCCACGCAAGGGAAAGAGAAGCAAGAAAACCACUGCUCUCAUUGAUGUCAAGAAAAGCGGGCCAGAACAAUGGGACGCUAUCCGCUAUCACCAUCCCAAAAAGCUGGAUGAACCUUGUGCGCGAACUCAAAGCGAUGGUGAAUGGUUUCCAAUCGAACGCAUUUUGGAUACCAUAUACAUCGUGGGAACGAACAGAAUGUGGCAACAUCUGGUGCAGUGGAAGCCAAGUUGGUCGAGGCAGGUUACUCCUUCAGCUCUACGAGAUUUCCAUGCAAAGGCAACUGUUUUAGGCUGUAUUGUCAAGGAUGAAACCUUGAGGUCAAGAGUCCGUCAAAAAAUUGAAUGGAAUCGGAGAGAAUUUAUGUGCUCGGAUUUUGCAGUACGUAUCACUGAUCCCGAUGGAACGUCUACUGUCGAGGUGUUACCAUAUCCUGAUGUAAAACGGCGUUUCCCCAGUGCACUGUUUGAGUUUUUGGAGGAUAGAGUUCCGAUUCCUAGAUCGAAAGUUGAGGACGAAGCUCGCAGCGAUGGUCUGCUGUCUGUUUAUGAUGAUGUAAAUAUCCCGGAAUGCCUGAAACGUGAUCCAGACGCUCAAAAAAUGACGAGAAAUGUCACAGUGAAUCAAAAUGUGAAAGAUGAAAAUGGGGAUUCUGUCAGUGCGUUGUCCGCAUGUGUUGCAAACAGUGGAAACAAGAAGAUCAGAAAGAGAAAGGAGCACAAAUACUACAAAGGUGCUAGGAGGAUAAAGAGAAAAAGCAAUGUCGUGAAAAUGGAGCUCGAUGAAGCGAACACAUCUGACAGAGCUGCAGUGGAGGUUUGCGACCGGACUUCUCAUCUGGAAAUGACUGACUCGGUGGAAAAAAGAGUCUCGCCCUCUUCAGCAAAAGAGUUCCUGGAUAAACUUCAGUCUGCCACAAGCGAGAACAGUUUGCCCACAAAAUCUCCUCCAAGCAGAGUGACUCUAUCGAUUAGCAUCGAAAGUCCUAAAAGUGUUGACUUGCAUAUUUCAAAAAAUGAAGAUGACGACGUGGUGAUAAUCUACGAUAAGGAAAGUCCUUGCAAAAUCGUGACUUCUACUGAAGCAAAGACUGCCUCUUCCCUUGAGACGAAAAGCUCGCCUUCUGUAGGCGCAACUAUGAAAGACCAGCGUCUGAAUGCUGAAAGGGUAUUCAAAAGGAGUGGUGAUGAGGCAUGUUCAAAAACUGCAACUCCUGUAAAACGUGUGUCUCCCCGUUUAUCAAGUGGAAGUAAUUCGAGCAAGCGGAACAUCAGUCAUGGAAAGCAACACAGGCGCAAAAGAAGUGCACCACUCAAAUCGCGAAAUUCGUUGGAUGACUACUUUGGACAAAGCCAUCAUCGUAAGCAACAUAGGCUUUCAGGGGAGGAGAAUGGACCACACGCUAAUGGACUUUCUAAUGGAGCUGUUUGA